UGGUCAUUUGUUGGGCUUGUUUGGCCAAAUAUUCAUCAAGUCUAAUGGGACCUUAACACGAUUUCAAAUUCAAAUUGUGAACGUUACUUAACGAAUACUGCCUGGUACCUGUUUCAUCAUGAAUGUUCAAUAAUCUAGUGUACCAUGAAAAGUUCAAUUUCAAGGGACCACAUGCCCCUUCUAGAAUACCAGUGAAAAAGCAAACCCGAAAGCAGUUGGAAACGUUGAAAACGUUCGUACACCGAUAACGGCAGUGUAGUAGCGAGCAACUACCACACAGACCAGGCGCACAGAUACACCCUAACCUCGAUCAGGUAGGUAGGUAGAUUGAACAACCAGUACAUAAAACUGACUGCUUCGUUGGUGGAUAUAGACGAGGGUUUGCUCUCUUUAUACCCGCGUAGCAGUCCGUUCGAUGUGGUACUGGGUACUGGCCUGGCUGUGUUGUUCACAAAGCAGCACCAGAGUACACCGUGCGAGAGCUGUAUGUGGUGUGGUUGAUGAUGAAGGAAAAAUGAAAUGAACGAACGACAAGGCAACCUACCGAGCAAGCAAGCAAGCGACCGAGCGAACGAACAAUCUACCGACCGACGGGUCUGACUGCAAGACUGAAGCGAAUGGUAGAUUAGUAACAUUUUGUGCGCUGCAUGAUACAGGCUGACUAUACUGGACGGACUAUACGAGGCGCUUUUUUCUAUCUUCCUAAACACAUAGCAUACAGUGAGCAUUUUUACGAGCGCUAGAACGACGGUCGUUUCGUAUACGUAAACGUCAAACAAACAGGCCAUCCAAGGAACCGCAGACGGCACCAUCACGUAGAUUCGCGCGAACGCUGGCUGUGGGUUGGUUGAAGAGAUUUUGGGUUUCCCGGAGGAAGUUCUGAAUGAAAAGUGUCGAAUUGGAGGGAAGUUUCGGCGGGUGCGAACUCCGGGAAUGUGCAGCCCCACAGUGUGAUAAGAGAGAUGUUUUAAAACAUGUUUGUUAAGGGCGACUAAAAGGAAGCAAGUGAAUUGUUAGCUUCUGAAGUCAGUGAAGACUAGAUCGGCGAAUCUAGGAAGUUGAUGUGAUAUAAACGGUACAAGUGUGAAAUAAUAUAACAGAGUGUAGCAGAGAGUUCCAAGAAAAGUUUGGAGGAAGUUUUGAGCAGGUGCAGCAAGAGUUGGGAGAUUCCAACGAGAUCCGGUUGUGUCGCGGACUCCGGUAUGCAGACAAUGACCGCGGCAGUAUUCUAAGUCCUGAGGUUCCGUCAAACAAUCCAUGAACAGGUACGGCGUACUGGUUUUGCACACUGUUUCCCAAUUAAACAGGCGUUUCUUUUUGUGCGUUGUCGUUAUGUUGUUUUAAUGCCCGAUUACCGAGAACUUUGCAAUAAUGGGUCUCCAAGCGGCAGCUAGCAGCGGCAGUAACAAGCGCAAGCACGAGGAAACCAGCGCGCCAACAAUCGAAGACAAUGUAAGCAGCGUCAACCCAGCAGCAGGGGUUGAAGGUUCGUUAAUUGAGAAUCAGCACCCUGGCACGCCCUCGGAAGAUGGGGCGAGUCCGUGCAAGAAUCCACGGCUGGAACAACCAGCAGAAGAGUCCAGAGUAGAAUCAGAGAGUUCGGAAGAACCGAAAACCAUCACCAUUAUUAGCAGUACCACAGCAGUGACAUCGGUAGCGGCACCGAUCGUAACAACUAGCAGCAGUAGUAGUAGCAUCAGUAUAACAACCACCUUAGUAGCGUCCCCAGGAGCAGGAGCACCGACUACGAUAGCUCCCAUCAAUAGUCCGUUACUGUUACCGCCGGCACCGCCAGCCGAAGACAGCAUAGCCAAGCUGGAAGCGGUAGCCGUGCCCGGUGAAACGGGAUGGAAUUGCGAUCCAACCGUAGACCCAAUCAGCAAGCUACAGGCCGUAGCCGUGCCGGGCGAAACAUGGGGAUCGGACAGCACUCGGUCAACGCUGGCAACGACCCUACUGGCAGCGGAUGACCUUGAUGAUGACGAUGACGACUUCGAGGAUGACUUCGAUGACGAUGAAACGAUAUUGCCGAGCUAUUCGCCCAUUCGGUAUCCUUGCUCACCUAACCGAGGAUACAUGCCGGCAUAUCCAAAGCCCGGCUACUUCCCGGAGCCGUACCAGAAUUGUUCCCGUAUGGCGGCCAACAAUGGCGCUCAACAGUAUUCUAACCGCGGGUACGGAUGGAGCCAGCACGGCUACUAUUCCCCACCGUAUGAAGCACCGUCGUCGCAGCAGACGAUAAGGUGUGCAGAGAAUGGCAAGUCCUACUUUGAGCUGGGUAGCGCCAACUACAGCAACGUGAACCAGUUUGCUGCUCAAGCGCGGCAUCUUAAACGGUGUUGCGACGGACGCAAUAUGUCGUGCAAUAACAAGCAAUGCUACAAAGAACGACGCUUAAAGAUGAUGAACCUGUCCAUGUUCAAACUGGCCAGGUUCCGGCAGGCUUCCGAUCAAUCUCUGUAUCGAUCGGUUCUAAUCUGCAAUACGCUCAAAUCCAUUGAGCGAGAAAUCGACAACGAGAACAAGGAGUUCAGCCAUCAACAGCACUUGCAGCAACAGCAUCCACACCUAUACCACGCGCCACCUCCCCCUCCGCAUCAUCUUCACCAUCCACAUCCACCACCGCAACAACCGCUUCCACCCCCGCAAAGCGAGUACGGACCGCUGUACAAUGGCAUCAACAGUCGGAUAGGCGGGCCCGACAAGCAACAAGCUCCUAAGUUUAGUGAUAUUAGCAAUAACGGCAGCAGUAACUACAGUAGACUCCAAGGCAGCAAUACAACGACUCAGUCGGCAUCCGGUUACAAUUCAACCGAACAGCAACCUACGACGAUCACUACGCAAUUAUCGCCUUACGACCAACAACCGCCACCGCAGCAACACCACCUCAGCCCACUGACGACCGCCUCCACAACGACGGUACCGGCGUCCAGUCCCCAUCACAAUCACCCGCUGAAGGAUCCACAAUCAGGUCGGGCGACUCCGUUCCCGUCCACCGGUAGCAACAGCUCCCUCUCCAACGGUUAUCACGACGGUGAUUCUGGCUUCGGCGACGACGACUGCACCCGCCCGAUCAACUGGGGCUCGGUACUUAGCCUCUCCUCGCAAUCGGCGCUCGAUCCGUUAAACAACAACGACCUCUUCGUAACGUCUCCGAGCGUCGCGGUUAGUGUCGUCAACGACAGCCAUCACUCCGCCAACGUGACGGUACUAGCGAGUAACGAUAAUUGUGAUAGUAGCACUAGUUUAGCAUUAAGUCAAUCCGGGUCGACCUCCGGCAGCGACGGUAGCGCGAUCAGCAGUGUUAGCAAUAGUGAUAGCAGUAGCGACAGCAAUCAUACGACAGACAGUACCAUCCCUGCCAGCAGUUCCUCGGGAUCCAAUUCCUCUAGUACAACCACUCUAACCUCCCUGACGACCCUGACGACGACCAGCCAUUGUGAUCUUAACCUUACGACCCUUACCACAUCUCCUUCUCCACUUCUCUCGUCCUGUGCGUCGGCACUUCAGUACCACUCCAGUACAAACGGUUCCAACUGGGACCUCGCAUAUCUGGACAUGGACAUGGACGAAAUGUUUCCCAACUGUUACAAGAUAACUUCGUUCAACUCGGACGUCGACAUGCUGGGACUCAAAUCUCCCAUGUUGGAACCAAGCAAAGUGGUCUGUGAUAACGAUAUGGAUUCCUUUACCACUCACAUAAUGGUCGGGAGUUAGUAUUAAGCCCCCGCCAUGGCAGCAGUAGGGUUUGUCAAGCUUUCUUCCCUCAUCUCCCGGUAGAGGGAGAAGGCUUGACAAGGCGCGCUCUCUCGCUCAAAACCUGAUCCCACCAACACACAACACACAAACCCAAAUCUCCACGCACUAGAAUCAAGUGUUUGUAAGUGUCGCGCCAUGUCCAUUCUCAGGUUGUGAAGGCUGUGUUAUACUCAUUAGUUUUCGUUACGUUAAUAAUGACCAAGAUUAAUAAUAAAGUCAGGAAAACAAUUUAAAACAAUCGAAUAGCUUUCUCUAUUUUAGUUCUACUUUGAUCUUUUCUUUCAAAACCAAUGAGUUAACUCGUGUCCUUCCCCGGUUUCCCACUUCCAAAACCCCUCGAAUCCAGCAUUACCAGUUCAAAUCAGAAACGUACAAAUGACAGACGAAACAAGAACCCGACAAAUGCGCAAAAAAGCUAAAAAUGUAACAAAACAUAAACUGCUUCUGUCACUAUUGGUUCCUUAUUAGGAUUAGAACAAAGAACAAACAGGACAACUUGCAGAACGGUCACAAUUAUUGAAGAGGAAACAAAUUAGAUUUACAAACAAACGCAGUACAUAUUAUUAGUGGUAGUUGUAAUGAACGUAACGUAGCAGCCAACAAAUUCGAUCAAGCAGACAACAAUAGAAACAAGGAAUUGUACAACCACGCAGUUUUUGUUCCUCAUUUUUUGGCAAAUCUGGCGGCGGGUCCGAUGAAGUGACACUGUUUUGUUCUUUUCAUUUCGGUUUUGAGGUGAAAACACAUGAAACGUUGGAAAAGUUCACAAUUUUGCUGUGAAGCUUUUCAAAAAUCUUAGUUCUCCAUCCAAUCAAACGACAUCAAACGUGGAAUUGACCACGAGUGCCAUAAAGUAAAUAUGUUCCGUUGUAAAGUAAAACACCUCCUCGAAACAAAAAAAUAGGAGUUGCUUCAACAGGGUUUCUCUUAACAAAAAUCCAAUUCCUUUCCACCGACGCCAUGUCACUGUAUACUUUCACGCGCACUUUGGAACUUUGGAACUUUCUUGACUUUCAUCAAUCAGUUCUAGUCCUUUCUUCUUAACUCAGCUUCACUUUACCUACUUCCACCAAUCUUUGCUUGAUUCAGGUGAACAAUUACACUCAAAUUCGAAUACAUUCCACUGACUUAGUAAGAAUCCAUAAACUGUUCAACUGCGCUGAAGUUUCACCAUGACAAGCAGGCGUUAAUUUGUUUCAGUGUCCGUUCCGAAGUGUGGCGUCCUUCCGCUAUUUUACUCUGUAGCAACAAAGUCGGCUGCCGAAAAAAAAAGUCAAUUCAAAAUCUUUCUCCGCGCGGGCAACACGCACUGUUCUAGAGCAAAGUAAUUUGGUAGCUUAAUUUUUCUUAAAGAAAUCCCGAAAAAAAUAUCGAAUGUUUUACAUAAAGCACCGGGGGUUGCUGAGGGAUGGGUUGCUGCAAAAUGCAUGUGCAAGCACAACACUAAAUAUUUAGGUGGCAGCCAGCAAGAAGAGCAAAUCGUACCAAAUCUAGUCCUUUGUCAAUCUUUAAAUCAAAUUUUUUACAAGGGUAUUUUUAUUUCUAUAUGGUUAUUACAUAUUAACUUUCUUUUCGGGAAAACUCCUUUAAUUUUGAAGAAAAAACGACUAUUUGUGUAAAUAAGAAGAAUGUUUGGCAGAGAUUUGGAUUUUCUAGCGAAAAAAAAAACGUAAAACAAAACAUUGGUGUCAUUCGGUCAGCAGGCAACCAGCUGCCCGAAUAUACAAAAGAUCGAACAAAAUUGUACUAUAAGAGAUUAUAUAUACCUAAUAAAUAUAUUGGACAUAAUACACUGACAAAAAAGGAAAAAAAAAACAAUUAAAGAACAAUGCCACAACAAUUAAAAGGCCAUUCCCCCGAGCAGUGAGUGGGUCGAUUGAAUGAAAUCAGUACAUACUUAAUCCAAGCCUGUACAUUUUAACUCAAAUGGAAAAGACGGAGAUAAUUCGAUUGGUAAAACAACAAAACAAGCAAGAAAAUACAUGAAUGUAGUUCAUUUUACGAAUUAUUGAAAAGAAAAAACGGAAAAUGAAGAAAAUGUCAAAUAAGUAAAGUAAAUUGUUUAGAGUUAUUAUAUUUGAAAAUAAGAAUAAUUUAUUGAAUUUAUUAUAUACAUGUAAAUACGAGAAAAGAAAAGCAAAGGAAAACCUUAAAAAAAUAAAAUAAAAUGAACAUUGAAAAUCUAAA